CGCUAACAGUUUGGCAGAUGGGACACUUUUUCUUGGAGUUUAUGUCUUUAGUUCUUAACUUCUGGCUGUGCCUGGGCUUGUUGCCGUUUCUCCCCCUCUCCCUUCUCCCGAAACUAUGGCCCAUCGGCUGCGGUUUCAUUUUGGCUCCGGACGAAGCAACACAGCUCCGGAAUCGGAGAUCCUCGACCACGAGAGAGGAGAUGAUGACUUUUUCAUGGCAUUCCAUACUUUGCCAAGAAGAAACGGGCCUCAUCCUUUCUCCAGGCGAAGGAUGGAUUAUGGCGACGGGGGCAACCCUUUACAGGAAACGGGCUCCUUGAAAAGAAGCACCUCCAUGUUUAUUCCGCAGCUGUUGAAUAGCAUUGAUGCACGCCCCACAAGGAGUUCGUCUAUGCAGAUUUCGCUACAGCGCAAGGCUGUCAAUGGGCAUGCUGAUGGGUGUGGAGGGCCAGAGUCUCCCCCAGAGGAGACAUGUAACUUUUCAGAUUUCGGGGAGCAUUCUGACUCUCUCGUUGGAAGCCAUUCUUCUUCCAGCAGUCUGCAGGCGAGUCCAGAUAAUUCUCCACCCAGACAGCUUGAAAACACAGGGCAUGAGGUUAAUGGAGGAUCUGCUAAUCACAGAAUAUUUUGUACGAUACCUUCCCAUAACUGGAAUGAAAAUGGUGUUGCCACCAGUGAAGAAGAAGAAGAAGAAGAAGCGAACAAAGCCACAUCAGGAUUAAACAUUGGCGGGGUAAGGAUUCAACAUCGGGCUUCAAGCGUGGACAUGCCUCAUGUUACGCUGGUGCCUUUUGGUUCAGAAGAUCAGAAUAACGCGUCUGCCUCUGAAGCCAGGCGCUGGUCUUUGCAACAUCUGCCGGACGGGUCAGCUAGUUCUGGGAAGAAAUUCUUUGUUUUCCAGCUGCAGCAGCCUCCGGCAAACAACACAGGAGCUGAUUACAAUUUUGGCGUUACUGGAACAAAAGGGGACAGAUUGGUCAGGUACCCACGGAUACGCCUGGAGAGGAGCACCUCCUAUCCGGUUCAGCCACAUCACCUGGAACAAGAUAGCUCGAUGGAGGGUGAUGACAGCGUGAACUCAACACUUUGUGGCAACAACAGAUAUGGGUCCGAAAUAUCCAGAAGCAAUUCGGUGGAGCGGAUAUCUCCAGGGCAAGGGUGCACGUUUAAAAUUCGCCCAGAUCAAAACUCAAGGCAACAGCACUUCAGGAUCCUUGUAACUCGUGGGACUAAAGAGCAAGGGCCAACUUUGGCACAAGAAAACCCUAGUAGUUCUCCUUCUGUGGCAGAUCCUUCAUCAACCAGAGACGACUUUCUGGGUCAAGUGGAUGUGCCACUUAAUCAUCUGCCGACUGAAGACCCAACCAUGGAAAGGCCGUACACAUUUAAAGAUUUCCUUCUCAGACCAAGAAGCCACAAGUCUCGAGUAAAGGGGUUUUUGAGACUGAAGAUGGCUUACAUGCCAAAAAAUGGUGGUCAAGAAGAGGAUGGUGAUCAGAGGGAAGACUCUGAGCAUGGAUGGGAAGUGGUCGACUCCAAUGAUUCUCCCUCUCAGCGUCAAGAGGCAUUACCCCCACCUCCCCUGCCACCUGGAUGGGAAGAAAAAGUGGACAACCUCGGACGCACUUAUUAUGUCAAUCAUAACAACAGGACAACACAAUGGCACCGACCAAGUUUAAUGGAUGUGUCCGCCGAAUCAGAAAACAACAUCAGGCAGAUAAAUCAAGAAGCAGCCCAUCGAAGGUUUCGAUCCAGGAGACACAUUAGUGAGGAUUUGGAUCCAGAGCCUUUGGAGGGUGGAGAGGUACCCGAACCCUGGGAAACUAUUUCGGAAGAAGUGAAUACAAGUAGUGAUUCCUUGAGCCUGUCUCUGCCGCCACCCCCUGCUUCACCCAUCUCUCGGACCAGUCCUCAGGAGCUGUCUGAUGAACUGAACCGAAGGCUUCAGAUCACUCCUGAUUCCAAUGGGGAACAACUCUCUUCGAUUAUUCAAAGAGACCCAUCUGCAAGGCUAAGAUCUUGCAGCGUAACUGAUGCUGUUGCUGAGCAGACUCAUUUAUCACUGCCAUCAGUGGCCUAUGUACAUACUACGCCAGGCUUACCUUCGGGCUGGGAAGAGAGGAAAGAUGCUAAGGGACGGACUUAUUAUGUCAAUCAUAACAAUCGAACGACAACUUGGACUCGCCCUAUCAUGCAGCUUGCUGAAGAUGGCGCAACCGGAUCAACCUCAAAUAGUAACAACCAUUUAGCUGAGCCUCAGAUAAGACGGCCUCGUAGCCUCAGUUCUCCCACAGUAACAUUAUCUGCACCACUCGAGGCACUUGUGAAGGAUUCCCCUGUGCGGAGAGCUGUGAAGGACACACUUUCUAACCCACAAUCUCCACAACCUUCUCCCUACAAUUCUCCAAAACCGCAGCAUAAAUUGACCCAAAGCUUCUUGCCUCCUGGCUGGGAGAUGCGAAUAGCACCGAAUGGCAGACCAUUCUUCAUUGACCAUAACACAAAGACCACUACAUGGGAAGAUCCACGGCUGAAAUUCCCCGUACACCUGAGAUCAAAAGGUGCUUUAAACCCCAACGACUUGGGUCCCCUCCCUCCUGGUUGGGAGGAAAGGAUACAUGUGGAUGGAAGAACGUUUUAUAUAGAUCAUAGAAGCCAGGUGUUGAUAUGUGGCGACAUUCAUACCCGAGACUUAGUGCCCUCCUACGAUAAUAAAAUUACCCAGUGGGAAGAUCCAAGACUGCAGAAUCCUGCUAUUACUGGUCCAGCUGUUCCCUACUCCAGAGAAUUUAAACAGAAGUAUGACUAUUUCAGGAAAAAGUUAAAGAAACCAGCCGAUAUACCGAACAGAUUUGAGAUGAAACUCCACAGAAAUAACAUUUUUGAAGAAUCAUAUAGAAGAAUCAUGUCAGUGAAGAGACCAGAUGUAUUAAAAGCCAGACUCUGGAUAGAAUUCGAAUCAGAAAAGGGCCUUGACUAUGGAGGUGUGGCCAGGGAGUGGUUCUUCCUGUUGUCCAAGGAAAUGUUCAACCCUUAUUAUGGCCUCUUUGAAUAUUCAGCAACGGACAACUACACUCUGCAGAUCAAUCCCAACUCCGGUCUUUGUAACGAAGACCAUUUGUCUUACUUCACCUUUAUCGGACGGGUUGCUGGGCUGGCCGUGUACCACGGGAAGCUUUUAGAUGGUUUCUUCAUUAGACCUUUUUACAAGAUGAUGCUGGGGAAGCCAAUAACACUGAAAGAUAUGGAGUCCGUGGACAGUGAAUAUUACAACUCCUUGAAAUGGAUCCUGGAAAAUGACCCUACAGAGCUAGAUCUCAUGUUUUGCAUAGACGAAGAAAACUUUGGACAGACAUAUCAAGUUGACUUGAAACCAAAUGGAUCAGAAGUAAUGGUCACAAAUGAAAACAAAAGGGAGUAUAUUGACUUAGUCAUCCAGUGGAGGUUUGUCAACAGGGUUCAAAAGCAGAUGAACGCAUUUAUGGAGGGCUUCACAGAACUGCUGCCUCUUGAUUUAAUUAAAAUCUUCGAUGAAAAUGAGCUGGAGUUGCUAAUGUGUGGUCUUGGUGAUGUUGACGUCAAUGACUGGAGACAGCAUACGAUCUACAAGAAUGGGUAUUGCCCAAACCAUCCUGUCAUUCAGUGGUUCUGGAAGGCUGUUCUAUUGAUGGAUGCUGAGAAACGUAUCCGACUACUGCAGUUUGUAACUGGGACAUCACGAGUGCCUAUGAAUGGAUUUGCUGAACUUUAUGGUUCAAAUGGUCCUCAGCUGUUUACAAUAGAGCAAUGGGGAAGCCCUGAAAAACUACCCAGAGCUCACACAUGCUUUAAUCGCCUUGACUUACCUCCAUAUGAAUCUUUUGAAGAACUGCGAGAGAAGCUCCUUAUGGCUGUUGAAAACGCUCAAGGGUUCGAAGGAGUGGAUUAAGGAGGCCCCUGUUCCAGAUCAUCACUAUUCUUAUCAAUACUCUGAAAACAAAGAUUCUGUUCACGGAGCAAGUUCUGUGUGCACUUUUCAGUUUGCCUAAUAGACAUUUACAAGAGGCAGUGGCAGAAUACGAUUGCACAUGUGGUUGGUUCAUGGAGCAAACUCUUAUACAGUGCAGAUAUCUAAAUCCAGUGGCUGGAAGUAACUUUUUUCUCUCACCUGUGGAUAGUAUUUCUGAAAUUUCCACGGCUAAUUACCAACUGGUUGAUGUGUACUCUUGACUACAUUUCAGCAGGACUUAAUUCUAUUUAUGUUGUGCCUCUGUAGGCAAAAGCCCUUAAUAAAUGUUUUACACACUUUCUAAUGACAAUGAAUGGAACUAAUCAUUUUACAGGUAUAGUAUUACAGCUCAAUGUUUACUUUUUAAAAAUGAUUCAGAUAUUUUCAAAUUUUAUUUCAUUACAAUUAAACAUGAAAAAAAUCAUCUACUGGAAAAAAUCAAUUAUUUCCUUUCCCUAUUAUUUUUGCCUUGAUUUGAUGCUGGUGGCAUUCUAUUAUUAAAAGUCCCUGUUGUUUUUUUAAUUGAUUUCAGCCUUAUGCUCUUGAUCUUUUACAAUCCUAGGAGCACCCUUUUGUAAGAAAUUUUCUGCAGAUUGGAAGUAUUAUCAGAAAAUACCUAAUGCCUUUUAAUCAUCUGUAUUGAGCUUUCACGGACAACAAAGAAAAAAAACAAUUAGUGAUUUGGGAUGUACAGUAUUUUAUACAAAUCCACAGAGUAUUUACAAAAGGAUCAUAAUACAGCAUGCCCGAUUUCUCAUUCAAUAAAGAAAUUGCCUCACUAUUCCUUAAUAAUAUUUAUAUAUGUAUUAUAGCUCUCUUGGUGAUGGGAUUGGCAUUAUUGUCCUGGGGGGUGGAAUGCUUAAUCCUUUUGCUUACCUUUGUAUUGUGACCAUUCUACUAAUUCUCUCCUUGCGACAGAGGUAUUUUGAAGGACCCUUGACACUGCUCGGUUUGGCCGUUGUACAGACCAGAUCCAUUUUAUCUCCUGUCUGUAUGCAUUUGCUAAUCGUAUCUAAAUGAUUGGGACAACUCCCCUCCCCCCAUUUUAACUGCACCGAUUCUAGAAGCACUUUAUGUACCACACGAAGCUUGUGCGCUUUAGAAAACAUACAAACAUGAACAUUAAUGUGGAGAGAUGCCUUUCUUUUUACCCAUGUCUUUUUGGUGCGAUACCUGUCUGUUGUGAAUUUGGCAGUGGCUGACAAAGUAAAGCAAGCAUACCUAAUUGAGUUGAACCUGCAACUUGUAUUUUGUGGGUUUGGUGGGUUCCUUCCCCAGGCCAAGAUUUAUUGAAUAUAUGCAGUUCUAGCCACAUUUGUAACCUAUGACAUGUUGCAUGACCAGACAGUAACGCGCAACUUGUAACUGUUACGUAAUAGAUUAAAAAGGAAAUUGCAGAUGAGAUCCAGGUGAAUAGGAAUUGUGGAGAACUGGUUUGGCAACUCUGAAAGCUGAUUUAAUUCAGUUGACCGUGACUUGGGCUGUUUAAGGUAAAUUCAGCAAAUGAGUCACGAUCCAAGUAAGGCUGCCGUCUUAAACAUGCCUGCUAGGGAAUAAGAUCUAUUCAAUAUAGUGGGCUUACACUCUGCAUAAACAUAAACCUAAAUACAGUGGUGCCUCGCUUAAUGGGUGCCCCGUUUAAC